GCAAAAACAAAAACCUUAAAAGCUUUCAUGGAACGUAUAGAGUCUUAUAACACGAAUGAGAUGAAAUACAGAGGCGUACGAAAGCGUCCAUGGGGAAAAUAUGCGGCGGAGAUUCGCGACUCAGCUAGACACGGUGCUCGUGUUUGGCUUGGGACGUUUAACACAGCGGAAGACGCGGCUCGGGCUUAUGAUAGAGCAGCUUUCGGCAUGAGAGGCCAAAGGGCCAUUCUCAAUUUUCCUCACGAGUAUCAAAUGAUGAAGGACGGUCCAAAUGGCAGCCACGAGAAUGCAGUGGCUUCCUCGUCGUCGGGAUAUAGAGGAGGAGGUGGUGGUGAUGAUGGGAGGGAAGUUAUUGAGUUCGAGUAUUUGGAUGAUAGUUUAUUGGAGGAGCUUUUAGAUUAUGGUGAGAGAUCUAACCAAGACAAUUGUAACGACGCAAACCGCUAGAUCAUCACUACUUACUUACAGUGUAAUGUUUUUGGAGUAAAGAGUAAUAAUCAAUAUAAUAUACUUUAGUUUAGGAAGUUAUUCUGUUAUGAGUCAAUUUUCCCGGGAAAAUUUAAAUUACUAGUUGUCACAACUCACAAGUGUGUUGAUUGGCUUCAGGGUAUAAAUUAAAUAGACUUGGCCCAAGUUACUGCCUUACUGGCUAGAAUCUGAA